AUGAACAGUGCCGAUGCCGCCACGCGCGCUGAAGUCGCGGCCAAGUUGCGUGCUGCCAAGCGCACGCACGACGCGACGGGCGGCCGCAAGCUGCUGCGGUGGGACGCCGCGCGCUGGCAGCAGUUUGAGCGCACGCCGCCGUACACGUCGCGCCUCAAGAGCGCGCCCAUUCUGCCCAUGCGCGCGCCGCUCUCGUCCAUCUACGAGAUCCACUUUUCGACUCGAAAGAGUUACGCGCCGUCUGUCGUCAUGGAGCAACUGAUUGUCGACACGCGGUCGGGAGCUGUCGUCAACGUGGGGCUCGUCAUCGAUGCAACGGGCAGCGACACGUUUCUGCACGACGUCAAGGAGUGGGACGACUGGGACGUGCAGUACUUGAAGCUGAGCGUCGAUGGGACGGCAGACGAGGAGACGAAUCCGGACGUGCAUGACGACAAGAUGGCGGCAGCAUUUUGCAAGUCGGUCGCAAACCACUUGGCAGGCGAGCGAAAAGAUAUGGACGUGGCGGUCUUUGGUGCUCAGGGCUAUAACUUCGUGGGCUUCCUCAUUGUGAGUUUUUUGGUCGAACAUUGCGGCUUGAACCUCGAUACUGCGGUAGAGGAGUUUGCAGUCUCGACCCCGCCUGGAAUCUACUCGAGACAUUACUUACAGCGACUGUAUCGCAAGUACUUUAGCACGCUGCCGUCUGAGGAGACACAACUUACGGUUCCUGCUCCUCCACGAUGGGAAAAGGACGAAAUCGGUAAGCACGAUAGCGAAGCUCCCAUUGGCAAUGAGGUCAUAACGGAACAGGAUCGCGGGAACAAAUUUGUGCGAUCGAAUAAAACUGCCGUCGUCAGUACUAUCUCCGCAAAGGAUGUGUCGGUCGGUAAUGGACGGACGGUCACACCCGUUAGUGUGCAUGGAGCUCCGGUGUACAAAGCACCUAUGUACAUUCCACCGGAUCGUCAAGACCAACGUUCGGCAAAACGUCGAAAAGUCCGCUCUUGGAUGGAUGAGGUGGAGCCUCUAGCGUACGGUGAGACGCUUGCAACUUCAUCGGCGGAGCACGAGCAAGCGAUCAAGUCUUUGAAGAAGCUGACGGGUGUGGAAGGGUUCCCCGGAUGUGAGACGAUUCCUUUUACAGCAACGCACGUUGCAGAAGGAGCGUAUAAACGCAAGGGGGCUUUGACCAAGGCUUAUCUUGUUACGUGGCGAGCACGAGGUCGUCGGUGUCUUCUCUAUGUGGCCAGCGGGGGGACUUACGUUGUGUCGCGCGACAUGACCUUCACGAAGGUAGACAUGAAGUUUCCGCGACGAAGAGCGCCGAACGAGUGCCAAGUAAACACGCUGAUUGACGGGCUUAUUGUAGAGGACCAGGAUCAUGAUACGAAGGUGGCCCGCUAUCUGGCGUUUGACGUCAUUUUCCUGGAAGGUGUGCCAACGUGGCAGAAGAAACUGGAGAAGCGGUUACAAUGUUUACAGAACGAGAUCAUUGUUCCUCGCAAGAAUGACAAGUCAUUCGAUUACACGAAGGAACCUUUUCGUGUGCGGAUGAAGGAUCACUUUCGUCUCGCCAAGACUGAGUACAUGCUGACAAAGUUUGCCAAGAGCGUUACGCACGAGGUGGACGGUGUCAUUUAUACCCCUUCGGAGGCCCCGUAUAAUCUCGGCGGGUUUGAGUGCGAAGAACCGAUUUUUAAGUUCGUUGCUAGCGAAGGCGGGGGCAUCCCUGGUCUAGAUGGAAGCAUCUCAGAGCAGCGACUGCUCCAGUAUAUUGACUCUAUGCCGAGCUGA